CCCGCGAAAAGCGGGCAAGAGCUGCAGGUGUCGCCCGCAGUCCGGACCCGCGGUCCCUGCCAGAGCGGCGCCGGGACGGAAGGAAAGGACGCCUGUGUGGCUGAGACGGGAGCUGGCCCGGGCCCCAUGCUCUGGUCGUGGCUGGCAGGACUGGGGGCCGGGAUGGCCUUCCUGCACCUCGUGCAGAAGCUCCUGUUCCCUUACUUCUGGGACGACUUCUGUUUCCUGACGAAGGUGGUGCGCAACGGCAUUGAAGUGGGCAUGUGCCAACGGAGAGGCCAGCUGCUCACCGUGCUGGGCGCCUUCCUGCGCCACGCCGAGAGGCAGCCCCGGAAGCCCUUCAUCGUCUACGAGGGAGACGUCCACACCUACCAGGAUGUGGACCAGAGGAGUAGCAGAGUGGCCCGCGUCUUCCUGAACCAUUCCUCUCUGAAAAAGGGGGACACGGUGGCUCUGCUGAUGAGCAACGAGCCAGACUUCGUCCACGUGUGGUUCGGCCUGGCCAAGCUGGGCUGCGUGGUGGCCUUCCUCAACUCCAACGCUCGCUCCGGCUCCCUCCUGAAUUGCAUCCGCACCUGCGGGCCCAGGGCCCUGGUGGUGGGCGCAGACUUGCUUGGAACUGUAGAAGAAAUCCUUCCAGACCUCCCAAAAGAUAUCCGUGUUUGGGGGAUGAAAGAUUCUGUUCCACAAGGCAUAAUUUCACUCAAAGAAAAACUGAGCACAUCAUCUGAUGAGCCUAUACCACACAGCUACCAUGUUGUCUCAAGCCUCAAGUCUACUUGUCAUUAUAUUUUUACCUCUGGAACAACAGGUCUACCAAAAGCAGCUGUCAUUUCUCAGCUGCAGGCUAUGCAGGGGUCUGCUGGACUUUGGGCUUUUGGCUGUACUGCUGAUGACAUUGUUUAUAUAACCCUUCCUCUAUACCAUGGUUCAGGAGCUCUCGUGGGAAUUGGUGGAUGUGUUAAGUUAGGUGCCACUUGUGUGUUAAAGAAGAAAUUCUCAGCAAGCCAGUUUUGGAGCGAUUGCAAGAAGUACAAUGUGACUGUGUUUCAGUAUAUUGGAGAACUUUGCCGCUAUCUUUGCAAACAACCUAAGAUAGAAGGAGAGAAGGAUCAUCAGGUGCGUUUGGCGGUUGGAAAUGGUAUGCGGAGUGAUGUAUGGAGACAGUUUUUAGACAGAUUUGGAAAUAUUAAGAUGUGUGAACUUUACGGAGCUACUGAAGGGAACAUUUAUUUUAUGAACCACACUGGGAAAAUUGGAUCAGUUGGGAGAACAAAUUUCUUUUACAGACUUUUUUUCAAAUUUGAAUUGAUCAAGUAUGAUUUUCAGAAAGAUGAACCCAUGAGAAAUGAACAGAAUUGGUGUAGUUGUGUGAAAAAAGGAGAACCCGGACUUCUCAUUUCUCCAGUGAAUGCAAAGCAUCCCUUUUUUGGUUAUGCUGGGUCUUACGAGCACACAAAAAACAAAUUGCUUUUUGAUGUUUUUAAGAAGGGAGAUGUUUACUUUAACACAGGAGACUUGAUGGUCCAAGAUCAGAAUUUCCUUUAUUUUUGGGACCGUAUCGGAGAUACUUUCAGAUGGAAAGGAGAAAACGUUUCAACCACAGAGGUUGCAGUUGGUUUGGGAAUGUUGGAUUUCAUACAGGAAACAAACGUCUAUGGUGUGGCCGUGUCAGGUUAUGAAGGAAGAGCAGGAAUGGCUUCUAUUAUUUUAAAACCAAAUAAGUCUUUAGAUUUGAAAAAAGUUUAUGAACAAGUUGUAGCAUCUCUACCAGCUUAUGCCUGCCCACGAUUUUUAAGAAUUCAGGAAAAAAUGGAAAUGACAGGGACAUUCAAACUACAGAAGUAUCAAUUGGUGGAAGAUGGAUUUAAUCCACUGAAAAUUUCUGAUCCACUUUACUUCAUGGAUAACUUGGAAAAGUCUUAUGUUCCACUGACCGAGGAAAUUUAUGAUCAAAUAAUGUCAGGGGAGAUAAAGCUUUAAGAUUUUGUACGGUGAUAUUUUCAUACUUUCCUAGGAAGAGAGAGAGGAGAGUAUGGUAUUCUUCAUUAUGAAAUGGGGAAAGGGAACUGACAUUAAUUAAGUAGGUGCUAUAUUUCCUUAAUAUGGAAGAGAAUUUCUUUAAUCAAGUAAAACUUGAAUUUAAUUGAUAUAAACUUUAAUUGAUUAUUGUUUUUACCCAUUUGGGGAUUCAGUGCGUAACUAAAUAUUUGUCUUAAUGUUAAAGAUUUUAAAUAAUGAAUAAGUGGCUAACAGUAAAAAUGUUUUUUUCUAAUAUGUAAAAUCUCUAGUUUUGAAUAAAUCGGUAAAUUUUA